UUUCUGCCUUGUCAUCUACCCCGCCAAGGCUCCACCCGUGAGUGGGGCCGCACGCAGCCCCUGGGGGAGGGAGAAAAACUGAGAUCGCGUGGAAUCCGAGCCCCCACGGGCAGAGCCCCCAGAUCUGAGCCCCGCCCCUCGGCGAGACCCUAACCCUGGGACCCCGUGGAGGGGAGAUUAAGGCGAGUCUGUGGUCGCACCUGCCAAAGGCUCCCGCAGUUUCCCACAACUCCCGCUCCGAGCACAAGAGCCCGGAGCCAGGUGGGGAGGGGGGCCGAGACCCCCCUCCCGCCCCCUCCAGGCCUGGAAUUGGAGCCGCCUGGUGCCCGGGAAGGAUCUGGCCCGUGACCCUUGAAGGACUGGCCGCACAUAACUUAGGGACCCCCCAGAAUGGGCAACUCGCAGGAGAGACCGUCAGAGACGAUCGACCGCGAACGGAAACGCCUGGUAGAGACGCUGCAGGCGGACUCCGGGCUGCUGCUGGAUGCGCUGCUGGCGCGGGGCGUGCUCACCGGGCCGGAGUACGAGGCGUUGGACGCGCUGCCUGAUGCCGAACGCCGGGUGCGCCGCCUGCUGCUGAUGGUGCAGAGCAAGGGCGAGGCCGCCUGCCAGGAGCUGCUGCGCUGCGCCCAGCGCACCGUGCGCGCGCCGGACCCCGCCUGGGACUGGCAGCACGUGGGCCCCGGCUACCGGGAUCGCAGCUACGACCCUCCUUGCCCAGGCCACUGGACACCGGAGGCAGCCGGCUCAGGGACCCCAUGCCCUGGUCUGCCCAGACCUUCACACAGUGAGGAGGCCGGGGGUUCUGAGAGCUCCGAGGCAGUGCAAUCCGGAACCAUGGAGGGCCCCCAAACAGAGUUAGAAGCUGAGGCCUCUGAAGGGCCUGAACCCGAGUUGGAAUCGCAAACGGAUCCGGAGCCAGAGGCAGAACCAGAACCUGAACUGGAACCAGAACCCGAGCCAGAGCCGGACCAGGAGCCAGAGCCAGAACCUGAGCCAGAGCCGGUCCAGGAGCCAGAGCCCGACCCAGAGCCUGAGCCUGAGCCGGAGCCGGAGCCAGACUACGAGGCAGAGGAUGCGUCUGAAGAUUCCUGAGGGCCGGCGCCCUGACUGGCCACUCCCCAUCCAAGCCCAGUGGAACCUGGGAUCCCGGCCUGGCUGGGUUGGAUUACCACCCAGGCUCCACCUGGCCCAGGAUUCGCUGGAGUGAAUAAACUGUGGAGGGUGGGUCUGGGCUCUCGGUGAUUCCGGCCCUUUGCCCAGGAAUAAAGGUAUGGACCUGU